AUGUUAUUCAGUCCAUAUUUACUUGCAUUGUCCGCGGCGUUGGCGAUUAGAGACGAGGCCAAGCCUGUCAAGUUCGGUUUAAGCAAAGGCACUCGCCAAGAACCCAUCACCUCGGGAAGAUCGUUCCGAGCGGCUCCUGGGGCACAAGAGUCUAAUUUAUGGGUAGAUGGUUUCUUUUACUUGAUUGAUGUCGAUAUUGGCAACCAGGGCCAAAAGGUGUCGGUUGAAAUUGAUACUGGGUCGGCCGAUCUUUGGGUGGAUAAGCGGAUUGUCCAAGACGUGAGUACUUGGAAAAACUUGUCUGAGCCGUACUCCGUGUGGUACUACGACCAUACCCUGGUUCAAGGCUGGUAUGGCACGUCGCCGAUCUGGCUCGACAACGGGCUCAAGAUUGAUGAUUUCCAGUGGGCUUUGGGUACCAACGUUACCCACAACACCGGUAACUUCCACGGAAUUCUCGGUGUGGGUAGAGUUGAAAAUGAACUGGCUAAAAAUCGCUACCCCAACUUGGUCCAGAAGUUGAAGGAUGAUGGUAUCAUCAAGACCAAUGGGUACCUGUACUAUCUUAACUCGAAGGAUGCUACGUCUGGGUCAAUCGUGUUUGGCGGUAUUGACAAGGCGAAAAUCAAGGGCGACGUGGCCACGGUGCCCUUGACUACCGGCACGGCCAACUCUCGCUUCGACAAUAUUCACAUCUCAAAAAUCACUGGUGUCGACGGUGAGGUGCUCGGUGAAAACAUUGAAGCCUUCUUGGACACUGGUUUGACGGUCUCGAGGUUGCCCCCAAAUAUCGUUGAUCAAAUCCGCGCAAAAGUGCCCAACGCGGUUAUAGAUGGUUCGAUAACGUGGGUUCCUUGUGAAUUGGAUCCCAACCUUUAUGUCCUGUUCUGGUUCAAUGACGUUGAAAUCAAACUCAGCCUCAAUGAUUUGUCGAUCAAAUCCUACAAUAACGAUGGUAAACCCAAUGGCAAAUGUGUUUUGGGAGUACAACCCACUCUGAACGGCGUCCCUGUCCACUUGGGGGUUUCUACGUUGACUCACGCUUACGUCACCAUCAACCAUGACGAAAAUGUGGCUCUCAUCUCAAACGUUAACUACACUGACGAGGAGGACAUUGUGUUGUUGUAA